ACGAACACACACACCAACGGCUUUCAUUAAAGGAAGGGCACGCACUCCCGGGCUCUUUCGAGUCGUCUGGAACCUCCUGAGAUAACGUGACAUUACGGUCAGCCGUGCGAGCAGUAUGCGCGCGAACGUCGGAGAACGCGCACCUUCUUUCCUCUUUUUCUGUCAUUCUUUCCUUCACCACACAGAUCGAACCAUUGUUCCGUUAAAAUAUCUUCGCACGUUCCGUAGUGACAUCUCUCAUUCGUCUCGUCGUCGCUUGAUCAGUAUUCGAAAAUGCUGUGACGUGACCAAUCGUGAUAUAUCGAUCGGUAUACUCGUGUUAAACUUUGCAGCCACGAAUCAGGCGACAUGAAUAAAACGGAACUGAACAUCGUGCUCAGCGCGGAGCCAGCGAGGACAACCUCGAGCGUAAUUCACUCACACAUUCCGGUGCCGAGGAUAUCGAAUGCAAUUAAAGCCCAGGAAAGGUGUCCCCCAUCCCGCAGGGGGUCCUUCGAAAAGCUAUCCAGAGGAGUGUCGGUCGCAGCUCAAAGGGCGUCCUUCGAGAAGCUCGACGCUUCCGUCCAGCAGCAGCGAUCGAGGAACAAUAAUUUGUCGAGCUCGAGCAUCGAGAUGCGGAACUCGGAGACUGAGAAACCCGCUUCCCAGACUACUACUAACUGCAAGACGAACGAGCUGGUCGGUGUCUCGAAAUUGAACAGGAGCAAUAGCCUGGAGAGCAAGUGGAAGAACAAAUACGAGGAGUCGGAGAAGAGGAGGAAAUUGUUGCUACAGAAGAGCGAAGCCGCUACUAAGGAACAUGCGGACUUGGAGAAGAAAUAUCAACAGUUGCAGAGACAAAAUAGCACUUUGCAGUCGCAAAUUCAAGAAAAAGAGCAGAAGCUACAAAAAUUGCGGACAGUUUCCGAGGCAGUAUGUAAGGAAUACGAGCAAUUGAAACAUCAGUACGAUGUUGAAACGGGUGCUAUGCACAAAGCUAUGCAACAAGCGUCACAGUGGUACAGGCAAAACCGUGAAUUAAAGAGAAGAUCGCAGAUCAUAACUCAGAAAUUCCUGCAAACGAAUCCGGAGGGUUCGUUGGAUCUCGAGAUAUCGGAUGAAGUUGACUCGAAUUUCGAAGAUCUUGAUCAGCUGAGAGAAACGGUGAAAGAAUUGAGCAAAGAGAUAGCGAGGCUUCAGACGGAGUUGCAUUCCGCUCGCCUUCAAGAGUUUGAAGCUCAAGAACAGGUGACGCAUUUGACCACGCAUUUGGAGGAGGAAAGAACUCUCAGACAAAAAUGUGAAGAGAAAGUGAAUGAGAUGAAGGUACAGAAGGAAAAUAUGGAAAGGGUGACGAAGAUGGUGGCAGAGGAAGUACAGGCAUUGAAAGCACAAUGUGAUCGUGAGAGAGAGAAUGCAAAGAUUAUGAAGAGAGAGGCGGAAAGGGUGCAAAAAGAACGAAAUGUAUUAGCUCAUCAAAGUGCACUCCUGAUGGCAGAAGUUGGUGACGACCCUAACGGAAGAUUAUUAACCGUUCUUCAAGAAGUAGAAUCUUUGAAGAGAUUAUUGGAGGAAGAGCAACAGAAUCAUGCUUCUCACAUACAAAUGUUAGAAGAGAAGCUGGAGGAAAAAGAAUCGAACGUCGAGUUCGAAAUAGUGGAAGAAAAGUUAAAGCUUGCCGAGUUGGAACUAGAAGUUGUAACGCAGAGGGCAGAAAGGGCAGAGAAGUUGGUGGAAACUCUGGAAGGAGUGGUUCAAACUUUGAAGGCGAAAAUCAGUGAACUGGAAGAGAAGCUUUCCAGGCCACCACCACCCCCCUUACCACCUCCGCCACCGCCGAUGUUCAACAACGGUGGACAAUCGUCAAUCAAAUUGCUGACGAAAGAAAAAAUGAAUUCGGAACGGAAUGCGGUGACCGACAUGGAGAACAUGCUUGGAAUUACGAAAAAAGCACCGACAGUUGCACAACAACCUGCUAUUGACGAUAUUAUCAAUCAGAUAAAAGGAGGACGCUUUACAUUAAAGCAAACAGAUAAACAAAGAGAGGAGGAGAGAAGGAGACGACAAGAAGCAGAAAGCGCGCCGCCUGCUGUCUCGGAAAUGUUAAAUAUUUUAGGCACCAUGAGAAGGAAGGCUAAGCCAACAAAGCAAUCGUUGAAAUCAGCAGACUCACCGACAUAAAAAUAGAUAUUGUUAGUAAUGUGCAAAAAUUUGUUUGUAAGUCUCAGGCACAAGUUACGUAUUAUUGUUGAGACAUAAU